AUGGUAGAUUGUGCUUUCUGCUUGUUUGUGCGCAUACCAACUAUCCAAAGGUUGUUCUCGCAGCCUCUAUAUGCACCAAAGCCGGGAAAGGCACGUUCUGGGCUUAUAAAAGUUUCUAUCGUUCUGACGGGUUUCGUAGCCGUUAUUUCGCGCCAGUUCUUGGACAUGUCGCGGACGCGAAUUGAGUCUCUACUUGCAUCGUUUCCAAAGCUUUUGCCUCCGCCAUCUAGCACACAACACACGCUGAUAGAAACGCCAGACGUUCGCUACGUCUACCAGCCACUGGAAGAACUCUACAUCCUGCUGAUCACCAACAAGGCGUCUAAUAUCCUACAAGAUAUAGACACACUCCACCUUCUUGCGCGUGUUGUCUCUGACAUGUGCCGGAGCGCAGCCGAGAGUGAAGUUGCAACACGAGCCUUCGAGCUACUCGGCGCGUUUGACGAGGUGGUUGGGAUGGGUUACCGCGAGGGCUCUGUGAACCUUGUUCAAGUCAAGAAUGCUCUGGAGAUGGAAAGUCACGAGGAAAAGAUUCAAGAGAUUAUCGCCCGGAAUAAGGAAGCAGAAGCUAAAGAAGAGCUGAAACGUCGUGCCAAACAGCUCGAGCUGCAACGGCGUGAACAACAGCGUCGUGCUGCAGGCAACUCUGGCUUUUCUUCGUCUGGAUAUGGCGGCGGCAUCAGUGGCUAUUCACCCGUACCCACUUCAUAUACCCCACCGACCCCCACUGUCUCGACUCCCAUCAAUCUUAAUGCUGCAAAAAAGACCAAGCAGGCCGAACUUAUCGACGCGCUUGGAGGCGACUACGUGGCUUCUGGUAUCGGUCUGGCUUCUGAACCCCCAACUCCUUCCGUUGCUGCGGCCCCGCAGACUGUUCAAUCUACCAACAAAGGCAGGGGUAGCCUGCCCGAAGUUGUACCAGAAAGCAUUCAUGUCAGUAUCACCGAGCAAAUAACCUGCUCAUUACUCCGCGAUGGAGGCUUAGAGAAAGACAUCGAGCUCAAAGGAGACAUGAACCUUCUCAUCUCCGACCCGGCCAACGCUCGCAUUUCCCUGACAAUGACAACGACAGACGAUUCCAACUCACUCGCGGCAGCCUUGCAAUUCAAACAACAUCCACAAGUCGCCAAGUUCGAUGCGAAGGCAAACCGCAAUGAGGCCAAGAAGAUCGCCCUUCGUGACGCCUCAAAGACCUUCCCCAUCAACCAAAAUCUGGCAGUUCUGAAAUGGCGGUAUAAAGGCAACGAUGAAUCCGCCGUUCCGCUUUCCAUCAACUGCUGGCCCACACCUUCCAACGAUGGUACAUGCGAAGUCAGCAUCGAAUUUGAGCUCGAGAACGAAAGCGUGACACUUCACGACCUGGAGAUAUUCAUUCCUUUACCUGCGGGAUCCUACCCGACGGUCUCAUCACACACUGGUGAAUGGUCGCUUGAACCCAACUCCCACUCGCUUGCGUGGACCACUGCCAUUGUAGAUGCAUCAUCGCGAAGCGGUUCUUUGAUGUUUACUGUUGGGGGUGAUGAUCCCGAGACAUUUUUCCCAGUCCGUGUUGCCUUUGUUGGCAAGGGCAGUCUCGCGGGUGUGGGCAUUGCACAAGCGUCGCUUGAGGACGGCGGAGAUGCAGUCUUUUCUGUCGACUCGGUAGUCACUGCCGAUGGCUAUUUCGUUGUCUGA